AUGGCCCUGCAUAGGCGGGCGCGCGCGGCUGCAACGACAGCCAGCGACACAGCAGCGCUGUCACAUACCGCGACCGUGCGAGCUGCCGCCACAGCGUCGACUGCGACCACUGCCCCCGUACAAGUUGCGGCCGCGGCGGCGACAUCCUUCCAACCUGGCAUCGCCGCGAGCGGUACUGCGACCAAAUCUGUCGGCAAUGCCCCUCCCACACGCACGAAAAACCUAAACACCGUCCCGCUCGAAUCCUACUCUGUCUCUUUCGCGACUCAGCAGACAGCUGGGUACUCGGCGGCCGCACAUUCAUCGGGCGGAGUUGCGGCAGGAUCGGCGUCUUCGUCUUCGUCGACGGGCCUGUCGCAGACAGCGAUAUACGGGAUCAUCGCGGGCGGAGCAGCUCUCGGCGUGAUCCUUCUCGCAGUCUUGGGCGUCUGCUGCUGGAAGCGGAAGAAGGCGAAGAAGGAUGACCUGGGCUGGACCAACCUCGGCGACAGGGGCGGCGGCAGCGGAGGAAACAACAUCGCCAUGGUCGACAACCCGGGCGCGAACGGCGCUUCCGCAUGGGCGAGCACCGACUCGUUCGGCGGCGGUCCCUACGCGUCGGAGAAGCCCUGGGCGCAGCAGUCGUUUGGAAGCCUGGCGACAGACGACGGGAAGCCCGCGCCUUACGGUCACCUUCCCUCGUCACAUCACGCUCUGCCCGUCUUCUCGCCGCGCGACAACGAGUCGGCGCGCGCAGAACUCUUUGCAUCGUCACAGGGGCCGGUUAGGCACGACAACGGCGUUGCCCGCAGUGCGACGCACGACUCGCUCGCCUCUUCCGCUUCGCCUUUCGCUCCUCCACCUCCCAUCGGUCGCCAGCGGUCCGGCUCCAACGCGCAAAGCGUCAACGACGUUAUCAGCUUCUCGGGCCAAGCGCGACCCUUGACGACCUCGCCACCUUCGCUCGCUCAGAACUUCCCAUCCCCGCCUCCCAUGCCCCCUGCCCCAUCCACCCCUCGCCAACAACCAUCCACUUCUCCGCCGCAGCACCUCUCUUUUAACGGCGUCGCAGUCGGCCCACAGCCUAUCACGGCCGCCUACUUCCGCCCUCCUCGCCCGUCCGAAGUUCCCUCCGCGCCCUCUUCGCCCUACGCCAUCUCGCGUCGACCUGAAGUCCAAGGCGGUGCGCGGGACACGCAGGAGAUCCAGCGCGAUCAGGAGGUUGAGAAGCGGUUUUUGGAGGUCAUGACGGGUCAGGUUGGACGGGAUGAGAGUCCGCAAGGAGGCGAGAGGCAGAGGAGCAAGAAAGACACGAUUGUCGGGUUGACGGAGGUGUACGGCGGAGAGGGAGCUGAGGAGUGGGACCAAGUCGACAUCGACGGUCCACCCAAGCCCACCACCUCCGCCCAGCUUCCCCGCCGCUCAUCCUCGCGGAAGCGCACGCAGACGACCGCCGCCAACGCGGCCCCCUCCCCUUCCGCCCCUCCGGCCGCCGCCGUCCCUCGCUCCUCUCCUCCACUCUCGAAUCCGAACCGCUACUCUACUCGCGUCGACUCGAAGCCCCUGCGCGAGCUCGAGGAGCUCUUUGACCGCCUUCCGCCUGUCCCGCCUCGCGAGGCGCGCGUUCGGGCGAGUGAGGCGAGCGACUAUUCGACCAUGGCCGCGCACGCGGGAGGCGUGCGACACUCAGACGCCAGCUCGCUCGGCCCUUACGCCAAUCAGUCGACCGCUCCGCCAACCGGUCUCAGCUUCACCCGCCGCCCGCUCGGCACGGUCCCCGAAUCCGACUCGAAGGACUCGCUCUCCCCUCUCACAGCGAGCGGAGGGCUGAACCAGUCUGGCGCGCACAGUCCGUACGGUGAGACGAGCCGGUACGAGCACUCGAUUUAUUCGGCGGCCGGAGAGGUGGGCGAGUUGUCUAGCUCGUCGUUGGCGAGUGGGAGUCCGGCGAAGGGCGCGGCGAGGACCCCGUUGGGGGCGUCGCCGCUGGGCACGCCGAGAGAGGAACGCGCGCUCGAUGCGGGAGAGGACGUGUUCGGUGGAGGUGCACCUGCAGCGAACGGCCUGCAGCGCAAGAUGUCGACGCGUCCCUCCGCACCCACGCCCAUCCGCCUCGCUCGCAACGCAUCACUCGGCAAGGGUCAAAAGCAGUCGACAACACCUCUCGGCUCGCCCGAGUCGGCGCGCAACCCUCUCACCCUCAGCGCCGCAGAACGCGACGUCCUCGACGCGCUCGAGAUCCCUCCCUCUUCGCUCUCGUAUUCGCCGCUCUCGAGCGGCGAACGCACGCCCGACUUGAGCUCCUCCAUCGGCUCCAAUUCGUCGUUCGCUACGCCCCAAACGCCAUCGUUCACUUUCUCACCUGCUCCAGCGCACAAUGGAGGGUCCGACUCGCCUACCUCUUUCCUCGACGCUGCGCCCUCGCCUUCGACUUCUCCAACAGCGAACAAGACUUCCUUCGCCUUUCCCCGCUCGAGGGGCAACGAGGUAGAGAUCGUCGACCCGCUCGUCGCGCACCACGGAGGAGGAGGAGAGUUCGAAUCGCUCGAUGCGAUGCGGGCGGGGAAGAACGUCGAUGCGGCGUAUCGGAGCGCGACGAUGUCUCUUUACGGGAUGUACGAGUAG